AGAGGAGUGUGUGGUUUCAUACGGUGUAACCGUUUGGACGCGUUAACAAUAGAGUUUGGGUGAAGUUGGCAGCUGUGCGGCGGGAGGAGGGAGGAGGAGGAACAUGAAGGCGGCCAUGUUGGAGAGGCGCUGAGCGCGAACGUCAGAGCCGAACAGAGAGUCUCCACAAUCGUCGUCCAUCCUCAGCUCCGCCGCCUCCCGGGGAGCGGGAGCCCGCGGGCAGCACCAUGAGCGGCGGCACUCCCUACAUCGGCAGUAAGAUCAGCCUCAUCUCGAAGGCGGAGAUACGAUACGAAGGGAUUCUGUACACCAUCGACACCGAGAACUCCACGGUCGCUUUAGCUAAAGUUCGUUCGUUCGGGACUGAGGACCGGCCCACGGACAGGCCAAUACCACCGCGAGAUGAAGUAUUUGAGUACAUCAUAUUCCGUGGCAGUGAUAUUAAGGAUCUCACUGUGUGUGAGCCGCCAAAGCCCCAGUGCUCUCUGCCUCAGGAUCCUGCCAUUGUCCAGUCUUCACUGGGUUCAUCCUCCAGCUCUUUUCAGUCCAUGGUGUCUUACGCACCAUUCGGCAGAAUGCCAGCCUACAGUCAAUUUGGGCCGAGUCCUUUAGUUCCCCAGCCGUACAGUGCUGUGGGCCUCGGUCGAUCAAGUCCCAAGAUGGAUUCCCUGAGAAAAAGUCCCACCAUGGAACAGGCGGUGCAAACCAUUCCCCAGGCUCCAGUGGGUAGACGGAGCCCUGUGCCUGUCCGGCCUGUGCCCUCCAUCAGCCACAAGCCAGUCGACACUCACGAUCCAAGAAGAGUUUUCGAGUCACAGAAAACUUUACGGCCAGAGAACGACUUGGUCAAGAAUGAAAACCGGGAGGCGAACCGGAGGCCAUCGGGCGGCCCUGCGGUCAGGAGGGGAGGUCGUGGGGGAAACCGAGGGAGAGGCAGGUUUGGAGUUCGGAGAGAUGGCCCGAUGAAAUUUGAAAAAGACUUUGACUUUGAGACUGCUAAUGCACAAUUCAAUAAAGAAGACAUUCAUCGGGAGUUUCAGAAUAAGCUGAAAUUGAAAGAUGACAAGCCAGAAAAAACAGAGAAGGUUGUCGUUGAAGAAGACAAAGGAGACUCUGGGAUUGAAACACAAAACAGUGAAGGGAAUGCUGAUGAGGAGGAAGCUCUGGGACCCCACUGCUAUUACGACAAAACCAAAUCUUUCUUUGACAACAUCUCCUGUGACAGUGAGAACAGCUAUUUCUCCUCCAGAGACCGGAGACCGACCUGGGCUGAGGAGAGGCGGCUGAACGCAGAGACCUUCGGAAUCCCACUGCGCCCCAUGCGAGGCCGCGGGGGCUACAGGGGGAGAGGAGGCUUUUACCGAGGUGGAAGAGCCCGUGGGGGAAGAGGAAGCUUCGGGCCUCCUCGGGGAAAUUUCCGCGGGGGCUUCAGAGGCAGCCGGGGGGGCGGCAGAGAGUUCUCAGACUUCGAAUACAGGAAGGACAAUAAAGUGGCUGCAUAGUAUACAAGCUGGAUAUCAAACCGGACUUUAGAUCUACCAGGUCCAGAGAAUUUGUUUAGUUGAACCUUUUUUUUUUGACAGCGAGAAUGAAGAAGUUUAAUUUCCUGUAUAUCGGUCACCAGCACUGGGGGAACGAGCAGCUUGACUUCAAAGGGGGUAAAACACACACAAUGAUUGUUGUGGAGAAGGGCCAUCUUUGAGAUGUUGAGCAUUAAAUACUUGUCUUUGAGUUUAUCAGCAGAAGGACGAUUCAAAAGAAAAUUCUAUCGUAUGGUUUGGACGCGAUGAAAACAAAUACUUCAUUGGAGUUCUUGGGUAUUUUUGCAUUGCUGUGAAAGGGUUUCUUACUGCAGAGAUUUGCUGAGGCUGGAGGGUAAUGCUGUACACUCACUGCAGGGCCAUCACUGUGACCUCGUUCAGACCCACUGACAUUCACCUUGAAGGUCUGCAGUGUUAUUUUCUCUGUGGAACUCUAAAACUUAGCUUUACUAUAGUAGAAAAAUACUACGUUACUUGUGGUUGUAUUUUUUUUAGAAAAGGGAUCAGAAAAUAGUUUUCCUGAUGAAGGCGACUGAAAGGCUCCCCUCCUGCCGCUGUGAAGGCCUCUCGCUCGCCAACUUUUACCAUUAAUUACUCAGCUGGUCCUAGUCCUAGAAAUUUUUUUUUGCUUUUGAACAAACUGCAGAGAGGAAAGUACAAGGUUUGUAGGUAUCUUUUUUUAAAAAAAUAAAUAAUUGUAGUAGAA